UCUUUCACCAUGUCGUCCUCGAUGGGCCGGGUCCUCUGCAUCAUCACCGGGGCUUCCAGAGGCUUCGGCCGGACUGUGGCGCUGCAAAUGUCCCGGGUGGUGAAGCCGGGCUCGGCGCUCGUGUUGACCGCCCGCUCCGCUGACGACCUCCGGGCUCUGCAGGAGGAGCUGACCGCCUCAGAGGCAGGCAGAGCCGGCCUGAAGGCUGUGAGUGUGCCCGCUGAUCUGGGACUAAAAGAGGGACCAGAGAGAGUGCUGAAGGAGGCUAGGGACGCUUUUAAUGAAGACAUGGAUCACGUAAUACUCAUCAACAACGCAGGCUCUCUUGGUGAUGUUUCCCGCUUCAUCAGGGACUUCACCAACAUGGCCGAAGUCAACUCGUACAUGUCUUUCAAUGUCACCUCCUUCCUCUGCCUCACCGCCGGCAUCCUGCAGCGUUUCCCUCAGUGCCCUGGUCUGAAGAGGACUGUGGUGGACGUGUCCACCAUGGCCGCCAUGCGAGCGUUCCCCUCCUGGGUGCUGUACUGCAGCAGUAAGGCUACCAGAGUGAUGAUGAUGAAGGUGCUGGCUCAGGAGGAGCCGGACCUACGGGUGCUCAGCUACGCUCCAAGUCCGAUGGACACAGCCCUGCUGAGGGAUGCUCUGUCCAAAACGGCCCACUCUGGCCACAAGAGGAUGAUGUGUGAUUUGGCCUCAACGAGGAUGUUCACCUGUGAAUAUUCAUGCGCUCAAAUGAUGAAGCUGCUGCUGGACGACAAGUACACCUCAGGAGAUCACAUUGAUAUCUUUGACCUGUAG